AAAAACAUUCUUCAAUGGCGACUCUCUCUCUUACCCAAUUUUCCUUAUCCCUUUUACUCAUCACAUUAUUCUUCUUUUCUCCUUCAUCUGCCCAAACUAAAUGCAACGUUAACUCCGUCUACCAACUCGGCGACUCCCUCGCCGACGCCGGAAAUGUCAUCCGUACUCCCGGCGCUUCCAUCAUCUUCCGCGCCGACCGUUCCCCUUACGGCGAAACUUUCUUCAGAAGACCCACCGGCCGCUUCUCCAACGGCCGCGUUAUCACCGAUUUCAUUUCUCAGUCAUUCAAACUUUCAUUCCUCAAUGCUUAUUUAGACAGAGGCGCAUCUUUCACUCAAGGAGUAAAUUUCGCCGUCGCCGGAGCUACCGCCCUCGAUACAUCCUUCUGGACUGCUCGUAACAUCCGGUUACCCACAUGGAACACUCCGCUUUCGAAUCAAUUAAAUUGGUUCAAAACGCAUCUCCAAUCGACUUGUGGUUCGAGAUGUGCAGAGAAUUUGAAAAACUCGAUAGUAAUAAUGGGGGAAUGGGGAGGAAACGAUUACUACAAUUGUUUCUUCCAGAGAAAGCAAAUCACAGAAGUUAGAACUUACGUUCCGUUUGUUGUUGCAGGGAUUAUGAGAGGCAUCAAAGAGGUGAUUCAGCUCGGAGCAACACGAGUGUUGGUUCCGAGCAUUUACCCUCUCGGAUGCCUCCCAUUAUACCUCACAUCCUUCCCUGAUAACAAUACGAGUGGUUACGAUCAAUUAGGAUGCUUGAGGAACUUCAAUGAUUUCGCUUCGUAUCAUAAUAGAUACAUGGUUAGGGCUAUAGCGAAUCUACAACGUGAAUUCCCAAAUGUUAAUAUUGUUUAUGGUGAUUUUUAUGGUGCAAUUUUGUCACUUAUUCGUAACCCGUCUUCGUUUGGGUUUAAUCAAAAUACAUUGCUGAGUGCGUGUUGUGGAACUGGAGGGAGCCAUAAUUUUAACUUCAGGACUGUGUGUGGAGCAGCUGGGAUUAAUGCUUGUGCGAAUCCGGCACAGUAUGUUCAUUGGGAUGGAAUUCAUUUAACAGAUGAAGCUCAUCGUCGUAUUACUGAAGUUCUUGUUAGAGAUAUGUUGGCCAAAUUCAACUGUGUCGUUUAAUUGGAUUAUUUUCUUGCCGUGAUCUAAGACAGUGAUAAAAUCUGCGUAUUUUAUCCUCCUCCAGACUCAUUUAUUAGGACUUCAUUAAGUAUGUUGAUGUUGUAUCUUCCUCGUUGUGAUGAAGAGAGAAUUAUUAAGUUAAAUAAGAGGAUGAUUUGGUGUUUGGACUAUAUUUAAUUAGGUUUGUAUUGAUAAAAACAGUGUUUUUUUUUUUUUUUUAAAGUUUAAAAUAAUGUAUUUGAAGUUUUUUUUGUUU